AUGGACAUCUCCGCAAUGCUAUCCAACGAUAGCUCCUCCCCUCCUCCCGCCAAACUGGAUCAGGCAGGUGUCGUCGACACCAUCAAGUCCACGGACUCCAGUGGUGGCCUCGUCGACAACGAGUACAAGAAAACAUUCGAGUCCAACAUCAACAUCAUCAAUUCCUUGGAUAAGAACUUAGAGCUUUCAAACGCCUACAAGGUGUUGAAGUUCGACGAGGCCAGGCUCAACAGCACCAUGAUCCACACCCACGGAUUUGCUUCCAACCACAUCGAGCUGGACUUGCAUCUUCUCGAUUCGUCCAAACCGCUCCAUCAUAACACCACCAGAGGAAGAGAGUACAAGUGGGGCAAUACCCGUGAAGUCAACAAGGUGGAAGCCAAGCCUAAGCGCAAGAAGCCGGCCAGUUCGACAUCCACCCCAAGCUUCACCCCCUUGGAGGACAGUCCCUCCGGGUACAAAUCGAGGGCAGGUAGACUUUCCCCCACCCCAGAAGACUUGGAGGACUCCCCUCCUUCGAAGAGACCAAAGAGAAAGUUGACCCGAGACGAGGAUCCCGAAUACACCGACGGAAAGUCCAAGCUCAAAACUAUCAAGAAAGAAGAAGAUUUGGGCGACGACAAGAAGAACUCAAAAGAACAAAAGGCAGUCAUAAAACAAUACGACAAUACAUAUGUGGCCAUAUGGAAGGACUUGUCCAGAAAGGAUGGUCCCAAGGUCAGCAGACUUGUUCAACAGUCUACCCAGGCGAAGCUUAUCAAUUUAAAGAAAACAUCUAUAUUGGCAGCCAGAGAAGCCAAGAGAUGGCAGUUGAAGAAUAACAAGAGUCAAAAGGACUUGACCACCAAAGCAAGAAGAGCCAUGAGAGAAAUGUUCAACUUUUGGAAGCGCAAUGAAAGAAUUGAACGUGAAUUGCGUAAGAAACACGAAAAGGAGUUGAUCGACAAAGCAAAGAGAGAGGAAGAAGAAAGAGAAGCAAAGAGACAAUCCAGAAAGUUGAAUUUCUUGAUUACCCAGACAGAAUUAUACUCGCAUUUUAUUGGUAAAAAGAUCAAAACUGAAGAAAUCGAAGGGAGCGAUUCAGAUCCAAAUAUUAAAGCACAGUCUAACCCCUCAUACGAUAAGUACGCUGAUGUUGACGGUAGCAAAGUCCAUGAUAUAAAGACUCUUGAUUUUGAUAAUGAUGAUGACGAAUUCUUCAAUAAUGCGGCAGCUGCCAAUGCAAGAAACGCUUUGGAAGCAACUCAAUCCAAAGCUAGAGAGUUUGAUGGUCCAAACGAUGACAAGAAUGGUGAAGAGAUGAACUUUCAAAACCCAACUUUGCUUGGUGAUCUCUCCAUCACUCAACCAAACUUGCUUAAAUGUACAUUGAAGGAAUACCAACUCAAGGGUCUCAAUUGGUUAGCAAACCUUUACGAGCAAGGUAUCAAUGGUAUUUUGGCAGAUGAGAUGGGUUUGGGUAAAACAGUUCAGUCUAUUUCCGUGUUGUCAUACUUGGCUGAGCAUCACAAUAUCUGGGGUCCAUUUUUAGUUGUCACGCCUGCUUCUACUUUGCACAACUGGCAACAAGAAAUAACGAAGUUCGUUCCGGACUUUAAGGUUUUGCCUUACUGGGGUAAUGCCAAAGACCGUAAGGUGUUGAGAAAGUUCUGGGAUCGUAAGAACGUCAGAUAUGGAAAAGACGCCCCAUUCCAUGUAUUGGUCACAUCUUAUCAGUUAGUCGUUGCAGAUGCUGCGUACUUUCAAAAGAUGAAAUGGCAAUAUAUGAUUUUGGAUGAGGCCCAAGCCAUCAAAUCCUCUCAGUCUUCGAGAUGGAAGUCAUUAUUAUCAUUCUCCUGCCGUAACAGAUUAUUGUUGACUGGUACCCCAAUUCAAAAUUCUAUGCAAGAAUUGUGGGCUUUACUUCAUUUCAUUAUGCCAUCGUUAUUUGAUUCCCAUGACGAAUUUAGUGAUUGGUUCUCGAAAGAUAUUGAGAGUCACGCUCAAUCAAAUACUGGAUUGGACGAGCAGCAGUUGAGAAGACUUCAUAUGAUUUUAAAACCUUUCAUGUUGAGACGUAUAAAGAAGAACGUUCAAAGUGAAUUGGGUGAUAAGGUAGAAAUUGAUAUAUUCUGUGAUUUGACGAACAGACAAAAACGUUAUUAUCAAAUGUUAAAAUCUCAAAUCUCAAUAAUGGACUUGUUGGAUACUAAUGCUUCUUCAAAUGAUGAUUCUACCAACUUGAUCAACUUGGUGAUGCAAUUCCGUAAGGUCUGUAACCACCCGGACUUAUUUGAGAGGGCGGACGUCAAAUCCAGUUUGUCAUUGACUUCUUUUGCCGAGACUGCGUCGUUUUUGAGAGAGUCAAACGAUAUUGAAGUUGCAUACACCACUGAGAACUUGAUCCAUUAUGAUUUGCCAAGAUUAGUGUACGAUGAAAUCUUGACCCCUUCAUUCACAAAUGACGAGCUUUCAAAGCAGGGAAUUUACGAGAAAUUUAAUGUUUAUCACCCAACUAACACCAAAGAUAGUCAAGCAUUUUCGUGGUUAAGGUUUGUGGAUUCGUCUCCUGGCGAAUUGAACCAGCUUACUCGCAAGAAUGUCAUCCAAAGAGCAAUCGAAAAGCGUAACUACAUUGAUCAAAUCACUACGAAUCGUUUCAAGUAUGUCUAUGACGAGGAACAGUUUGUUCCAUCUCAUAAGAAGUUUUUGAUUAGUGAUUAUGAGACUCCUAUAAUUUCUGGCUCUCAUGAAUUAUAUGAUGUGAACUCAAAGGUAUAUUUCGAUAUGAGAAUCAAUGAAUUGAAGCCUGCAGCGGGUCCUAAGGCAUCUGCCACUCCAAUAGUGCCUUACUGCAGUACCUCCUCCUAUGUGAGUAAAUUGAACGAUGUUUUAUUUGACAAAUCGAUAAGGUCUGGUUUGAUGCCAUUAUCGUUAAACACCGAAUACGAUUUGAUGACGAAGAAAGUUCCAGUUUCAUCGUACCCACCUUCCAACAUGUUGCCACAACAAUUGAAUAAUAAAUUUGAUUUUUCGAACAUACGAAUGCCUUCCAUGAACAGAUUCAUUACUGACUCAGGAAAAUUGGCUAAACUUGACCAGUUGUUAGUGGAGUUAAAGCAAAAUGACCAUAGAGUUUUGAUUUACUUCCAGAUGACUAAAAUGAUGGAUCUUAUGGAAGAAUAUCUUACUUUCAAACAGCAUACAUACAUCAGGUUGGAUGGUUCAUCCAAGUUGGACGAUCGUCGUGACUUAGUGCAUGAUUGGCAAACAAAACCAGAAAUUUUCAUUUUCUUGUUAUCAACAAGAGCUGGUGGUUUGGGUAUCAAUUUAACUGCGGCUGAUACCGUGAUAUUUUAUGACUCUGAUUGGAACCCAACCAUUGAUUCCCAAGCCAUGGACAGAGCCCAUAGAUUGGGUCAAACACGUCAAGUUACAGUCUACAGGUUGUUGGCUAAAGGUACAAUUGAAGAAAGAAUGAGAGAUAGAGCUAAACAAAAAGAGCAAGUCCAACAGGUGGUCAUGGAAGGAAAGGGUAUGAUCAACAAGAAGGAGGAAGCUGCAAAUAAGAAGAAGGAUGUGGCCUUCUUAUUGUUAGGCGGAGAUGAUGAUAAGCUGUUAAAUACUUCAAGCACCAAUAGCCCUGCUCCCGAAACCGCUGGUUUCAACACGAAACGUUUGGAAGAAAUGUACCACGAGGGUGAAGGCAAGUUCUCUGGUACCGUGACCCCAUCGAAUUCCGUGGGAAAUUGAACUGUUGCUAGCUAGGGAUCAAAACUAGUCGAUAGGGUACCUAUUCAUAGAAGCCUUUGAAGCCUGCUAGGCAUUGGAACGACUAGAUGAGGGUGUAAAUUUAUAGCUGUGGAAUUCUAUAGCUUCCUACUUCAUGUGUAUAAAAGUGUAUUAAUGAGUAUUAUAACAAGUCGUAGUUGUACAGUCUUGACUAAAAUAUAGAUGCAAUAAAUAAUUAGAAAUAAAGUUGUAGGUGCUAAUCUUGCCCCGCUGUAUUAUAUAAAUGGACUCAUUC